CAUAAGGAAAAUUGAUAAUUUCUUCCAUUACAAUUGAGUUUUGGAGAGUGGGAGGCAUAGAGAUGGGGAGCAAACAUGUUUUGCAGAAGCAGAAGCUUGAGCUUUUGGACAUCAUCAAAGAAGCCAUGUUCAUCCCUGUCAGAAACAUCAACUUCUUCUUGUUCAUCAUAAUCACCUCAUUUCCUUUGUUCUGCCUCUUGGUGUCCUCUGAAAUUUUGCUUCAAAGUACUUUUACUGAAAUCUCACACACCCUGAAUUAUCAACCCUCUUUUCACGUGCUCUUUAUCUGGCCAACACCGUUUGAUAUAAUCACAAACUUGGGUGAUGAACUGCUUUACAGAUUGGUUCAACUAAGCCUCCUUUACUUGGUUCCUCUUCACCUCCUGGAAUUCUGCUCUGCCUUCAUGACAAUCAACGUGGCAUCGGAUAUAUACACAGAAGAGAGGAAGAUGAGUCUCAAGGAAAUUGUACAAAAACCAAUUCACAAAGCAAAGUUGAGAGCAGCUUUUAUCACAUCUUUGUAUGCUCAUGUCCUGUCCACCACCACUCUGCUUGGAUUGAUGUGGUUAGUGACAACCUACUACGCAAUCUUUUGGAACUCUGUUGUUAGUGUCUUCCUUGCAGUAUUUCAUGGGGCUGCCUUUGUUGCACUACUGAUGAAAUACAUGGAAUGGUCUGCUGCUUGGAAGAUGAGCGUUGUGAUUUCGAUUGUGGAGGAGAAAUAUGGGAUGGAUGCACUUGUAAUCUCUGAUUAUUUCAACAGUGGUAGCGAACGCCGCGGGCUUUUUCUGAUGUUGUUUUUCUAUGGUUGGGAUUUUGUCAUACGGGCAGUAAGCUUAUAUUGGAAUGGGAUUAUGUUACAGGUUUGCUUCUUCUGUCUUUGUAAUAUGAUGAAGUGGAUGGCCUCUAUGGUUUACUUCUAUGACUGCAAAUCGCGGGUUUUGGAGAAGGAAUUGGAUGAGGAAAUGGGAAAGAAGAUCAAAGGAAUUGAUGAACAAUCAUCCCUUGCAAGAGAAUGAACUCUAGUUAAUUUCCAUGAUAUGUAACUAAGAAAUGAAAGCAUCUGUA